AAAAAAAAAAAAAAUGCAGCCAGCCUUCAAGUCGAGAAGACAACAAAAGAUUUGGGAAAGAGAGAGAAGAGAGGCCGAAGAGAAAAAAAAGAAUGCGAAAACAUAUGUAAAUCAAGCACCAUUUCGUUACUGUGAAAGAAACUUUAAAUCUAAAGUGAGCAAACCCGAUUUCACUCAUGUCAUUGACUUUACCGAUAUCAAAGAAAAUAACACUUUAGAAAACUAUGAAUCCAUUGUGCCAGUUCAAUUAUCGAGUGAUUUGAGAUCACUUUCGAACGUCUUUGGUGAAUCGGACCAACCUUGUAGAGAUGCCUACGUCUUGAAAAACAUGCCGGGACUUAUUGUCAUUCCUAACGCUUUCACUCCAAAGGCACAACGCCACCUGAUCAGCCAAUGUCUUUCUGUUUAUCCACGUCCACCAAACACCUCCAAUCUUGAUACCCAUUACGUUGUUCCCGAUUCAGGUUUAUGGCCUUUAUACCAGGGACAAGAGAGUGGAUCUUUAAAACCAACCGACCCGGGUUAUUACGUACCGAAAAGAAUCAUUCAUGACAGCGACAGUGACAUUGACUCUGCAACUUAUAGCGAUUCAGAGGAAGAGAAAAAAGAUCCCGUUACUGCUUGUUCUAUCGAUUUUAAGCCCAUCAUUGACGAUCCUAAACCAGAUCCAUUACCCGCACCAGGCGUUCCUUUAUUAUCACCCUCUGAAAUGACCAGAAAAUUACGUUGGAUCACACUGGGAUAUCAAUAUCAUUGGCCAACAAAGACCUAUCAUCUUAAUCGUCGAUAUCCCUUCCCCAAAGAUGUGUCCGAUUUGACAAAGGCUGUAGUUACAGCCGUUGAGAACAUUGGCUAUGAUAGUGGUGAUGAUCGAGCUUGGCUGAAUCAGUACAAAGGAUCGGAUUUUAAUGCAGAGGCAGGUGUUAUCAAUUACUAUCAGUAUAGAGAUACUUUAAUGGGUCAUGUUGAUAGAAGCGAGUUGAACAUGGAAGCUCCCUUGGUCUCGCUCAGUUUGGGACAAUCCUGUAUAUAUUUAAUAGGAGGAGAGACAAGGGAAACGGUGCCUCUAGCUUUGUAUUUAAGAAGCGGUGAUAUUAUCGUGAUGACAGGUCCUUGCAGAAAGGCUUUUCAUGGUGUGCCGUUAAUUCUCGAGAAUACGCUGCCUGAUUACUUGUCUAAUAACAAUCAAUAUGCGGACUCCCCGGACUGGAAGCUAUUUGGUGACUUCAUGAGUACUUCUCGUAUCAAUCUCAACAUUAGACAAGUGUAUCCAAAAGGAGAACAACAUGAGAGCCACUCAUGAGCAAUAUACUUAUACUAAUUCUAUAAUCACAACCCCCACUCUUAUCCUUUUUAAAGAUCAUUUUUCUGUAUCUGUAAAAAUAAACUAAUACAUACAUUUAU